UUUUGUUUACUUCGGUUAAAUGUCAAAAAAAUUUAUAUGAAUAAACACGUGUAGUUGUUCAUAGCAUCUUAAGUAUUUAUUAGAUUCAAAAAUAAUCAAUCUAAUAAGAGAAGAAAAAUGAAAAUUCGGAAGAAUCAUCAACGUAAGCGUUAUCGCUACAAUGUGAAUAGAAAAACUAUGAGAAAAACCCGUGAAUCCACAGGAAAGAUAAAAGACCCUGAAAUGAAAAAACUUUGGAUUGAGACAAAGCGUAAUAAAAACUUCUACGAAAUGGGUCUGUCUUCUAAUCCCAAUAAAGCAGUUCCUAUUCCAAAUUUUAAACAAGCUCGCAUAAAGACAGUGAAGAUAGUAAACGGUUUUAUUGAGGAAGAAAUAGAUGAUGAAGAACUCAAUGAAAAGAUAACAGAUCGCCCAAGAGGAUAUGUCAUAGAACAAUUAGAAGCAGAUGCGGCUGCGCCAAGGGAAAAACUCCUAAGGCUACCUAAAAAUUCUAUCGAACAUUUGAGUUACUUUCUGGACAAGUAUAAAUUUAACUACAAAGCAAUGGUGACGGAUAGACGAAAUUAUUUGCAAUGGACAUGGAAACAGUUUCGUAUGAAAAUAAGAAAAUUUAUGUCAAUACCCGAACAAUUUGAUGAGUAUUUGAAACAAAGAAAUUUAAAAACCGGCGAAAAGCCAGCGUGGGAAGAAUACGAGUCAGAUAGUGAAUGGAAGUAAUUGUAAAAUACAGUCAUUGUUUAGUCUAAUAAGGGUUAGUUUUAAAUAAAUUUUAUAAUAACUCAAAAAUAAGAUAUAACACGACUUUAUUAGAAUAGUUUUAUGUAAAUAUAAGUAAUUUUCAAAUCUGUCCCUCUUAUGUUACCCGUCUGUGAAAUGAGAGUGCAUUGAGAAAUUAGCAUCUCUUUUUGGUGGGCACAUGAUGAAAUCUGCAUAUUUUUAGCAGCAAUGCGAAUAUUUCUUCUCCGCGGCGCUCUACCCGCCAAGAUACCUGCAAAUUUAUUUCGAAGUCUCUUCUGUGCAACACAUUCGAAUAGGAGAUAUGAGCCAAGCAUGUCGAUAAUCUAAUAUAUGGGCGAAGCGACCAUGUUCCUGCUUGCACUAGUUAAAGGGCGCAUUAUGCACCAGCUAGUGCAUUCACUCGUUGCAUGCUGCCUAUCGACAUAAGUAUAUAUCAUGUCUACAUAUGCAUUCAACGUACCCCACUCGAAUGAGGAUGACGUUGGGCCCAGCAUUGUCUGUAGUAAGGGUAAUAUGCGCCACAAUACAGUCACAAACUGUGAUUUCGUUAGCCAAAUGCGUUUGUCGCCUGUAAUGAUGGUGGUGAAGAGAUGGGCAAUGGUAGUGGUGGCACUAUUCCAGCGCAUGUGCAUCAGGGCCAUUGUGAAAAUCGGCCUUUCCGUCUUUUGUGCUCGAGGUAAGUGGAAGAGUUUUCUUUAAUCUUUGGCUUUCGACAACUGUGCGGACAAAGGGAUUUUUAUUUGCUUCCUUCAAAGCCGGCAUCAAACAACGUUCACAGUGUAAUCGGUCAUAUCACAGUUUAGCAGCACGAAAUCUCGUCGGAAUUUAGAGCAACAGCGUGUUUGAAGCUUAAACUUGCAACAUGGGUAAGGAGAAGACUCAUAUUAAUAUUGUCGUGAUUGGUCACG